AUGCGGGCCUCGGCCGCGAAUGACUACCAUGCCGUUCAGUUUAGCGGCGAGCACGUUGAUGGUGUUGUGACGACAUGCCUGAAAGACGGACAAAUCAUACACAUUGGCAGUGGACUCGGCAACAAUUUCAUUGUCCCAUGUCGCGGCGUACAUCCUUACCAUGUGAAGGUUGUGAAUGAGCCAGGUGUGGGUUUAUUCAUUCUGAACCUGUCCGAUAACGGCACCAUCUGCCGAGUUGAUGGAGGGCCAGAAAAGCACCUCGACAGAAAAGAAAUGAAACUACAUCUGGUGUCCAGCUGUGUUUGUGACCUGAUCAUGCCCAUCAAGGCAUACCACCACAAAGGACAGCUUCGUAUUCGUGCGUUUUCUUCUUGUCUAGAGCGCAAGCAUUCCUUCAAGACUGAGCAUGGCAAGUUGAUAACAGAUGAUACACACCGCUUCGCGGCAACACGGCCAGACAGGCAAUUGAUGCAUUAG